GUCUGUCAGCGAUUGGGUGGUGUCUGUGUUGUCUGUGAAAAGGUAUUAUGCCAUUUCCAGCGACGUGUAAGGUGCUCCGCGAACAAGGGAGCUAGGAUUUCGUGACUCGGAUCUCCCUGAGGCGUUCAUUUUUCCAGAGGAGGUGCAGGGUUAGAGUGUAGCGGUGGUUCUACAGUGUAAGACUAAGCAAAUAAGGGCGCAUUUGCUUCACAGGGAUGGGGGAGAAAGACAGCGAGAGUUACAGCUCGGAGUCUGAGAUCUUCGGUGAAUCUCAGCGAGACGAUGACCCGGUAGAGGAGGAAUUCCAGCAGGUUUUAAAAGAUAUAGGCGGCAGGGAAAGGGUUUUCCUGGUGAGCGAUGUUUUGGAGAAAAGCGACGGGAGCGAACCCGGUUCGCUAGAAGAGUUUUUGAAUGAGAUGUUCCCGCCGGGAUUAAAUACUGUAGCAGAUACUGGUGAUGAUGAAACUUGCGUUGAGAUAAAAAACGGUACAAUUUCAGCAGGAGGGGGACGUGACGGGACGCCAAGUGUUAUCUGCAACGUCAGUGCAAGCAGCUGUGCCGGUAUUCCUUGUGAGGAAAUACAACCAGCUGUAAAACUUAAAGACGAAGCAGAUCAAUGUUCCGGGGACAACGCCGGCUGUCGUACUGCCACGCCGGCGACCUGGCUGGUUAAGUGCUCACAGCAGCAAGGAGCGGUCGAAACACGCAGGGCGUAUGGCAAAGCAUGCAAAGGCACACAGCGAGCUAUAGACCGCCCGUUAAUCAUUUUUGUUUUCAGGCACGACUUUUUGCUUCAGCCUCGGAACAGGGUUUGUCUGAAGGAGAUUCUCAAGGACGUGAGGGGUCGCAGUCGGGCUGCCGGUGUCCAGCCGGCUCUGCUCGGGCUGGUGCACUUGAGAAGCGAAAGCGGGGACAGCCAGCAGUCCGUGCAGCUGCUGGAGCAGCUGCUGCAGAGAGUUUUCAAGGGGCACCCCGGCGAGGCGAUGUGGGCUGGUCACUUCAUACCGAAGAAGCCGGCGUGCACACUUGAAAUUAAGAGAAAUGCCUGCAAAGCCAUCCGAGCCUCGCUUUGCACAGACACAGGGGGCAGCAGCGGUAGAGGAGGCACGAUGUCCUGGGUUCGGCAGUGUUUCCCCUGGCAGGCACGAGAGAACAGGAGGCGGCAACCCAACUGCAGCUCCAGCCGGCAAGGCGUACAGCAGAGCAGGGAAGAAGCCAUCCCCUUGCACAGCAGAAGCCCUGUCGCUCAGCCCCUGAACCCUGCCUGCAUCGCGAGCAAGCAAGAGAGCCAGGCCUGAUAGAGCUCCCCACACCACUCCCACUCUCACGCCUGCUUCCUCAUCAUCCAGCCUCCUGGCAGUCUUCAUACCGCUGGAGCCAAGCCCUGCAGCAGUACUAAAACUUUCUGUGAUAAUCACCCAGAUCUCAGUAAACCCUUAUAAAAAUGACCCACUGCAAAGUGUAGCAACACAUAAUGAAUGCAUGAUUAAGCAUUGGGAAGCAUUGUAAAGCCCAGAGAGGUAUAGUUAUGCAUAUUAAAAGCCAGGACAAACCAUAGGAAACUUUGAUAAAUGCAUAGUAUACUGUAAACAUAGGAAAACUGCAAAUUUACCAUGCAGAUUUACCAGGGUGAACUUUUACAAGGGAAAACAUGGUUUUGGUGUGGCCGUGAUUGCCUUAUGUUUUAUGAAUUACUGUGCACUACUAGACUGCAUUGGACCGGUCAAUUUACUGUAAAGUGAUGCUGUUAAAAGCAACAGCAAUGUUAGAUCAAAUAGUGACAUAGAGGAGGUCUAUAAAAGUAUUUGCACUA